AUGGCGGCGGCGGCGGCCUCGGAUCAGUCUAAAAACUCCAUUAACGGCCCAAGGGAACACAAUGUUGGAUCGGGUGUUGCUAAACAUGAAGAAUUACCCCAGAAGGGAAAAUUUUAUAUAGGUGUAAGGAAGCGGCCAUGGGGAAAAUACGCGGCUGAGAUUAGGGAUUCAACCAGACAUGGUCUUAGGGCCGCGCUUUCGACAAGAGGAUCGUCGGCAACGUUCAAUUUCCCGAUCGACGUCGUCACGGAGUCGCUCCGUGAUAUCAAAUACCGAUGCGACGAUGGUUGCUCGCCAAUAGAGGCGCUGAAGAAGAGGCUCAGCUUGAAGACAAGAUCUGAGAACACGAGGACCAGCAGCGAACGAAACAAGGUACGAGAACAAAAGAACUUGGUCGUGUUGGAAGAUUUAGGAACUGAUUACUUGGAACAACUUCUAACUUGUUCAUGCUGA